AAGCUUCAGCUUUCUUUUACAGCAAGACCAACAAAAACCAGCUCAAAUAACAGAGACUUUUGAGCUUUCAAACUGUGAGAGAGAGCUGAGUGCUUAGCAGGAUCUAUAUUCAAACAUGGGCAACAGUUUAAGGUGUUGUUUAGCUUGUGUUCUACCUUGUGGAGCUCUAGACUUGAUCCGAAUAGUCCAUUUAAACGGCUACGUAGAAGAAAUCACACGUCCGAUCACUGCCGGCGAGAUCCUUGCCGCCAAUCCAAAUCACGUUCUGAGCAAGCCAUGUUCACAAGGCGUCGUUCGCCGCAUUUUGAUUCUGUCGCCGGAGUCGGAGCUCAAGCGAGGAAGCAUAUACUUCUUGAUUCCGGAGUCUUCGGUACCGGACAGUAAGAAGAAGAAGAGCAAAGGUAGUAGCGGCGUUAAGAAGUCGUCAAAGAAGAGACUAAGCAGUGUUGAUGCCAAUGUCUCCGAGUGUGAUCGAUACUUGACGGAGAUCGUAACGGAAAAUAAAAAAUCCUCAUCACGUAGGGAUCGCCGGACCGGACGAUCACUCGGAGCAUUUCAGCCUCAUCUUGAGAGCAUUUCUGAAGACUAGCAGUUUUCUCGGUGCCGGAGUUUGAUAUAUUUCGGGCAAAACGCUUCCCUUUU